UUAUAAUUGACAGAAGGAACAGGAAAAGAAGAAACCAUCAUUAUUUAUGGCUUGGCUUUAUGAAUGAAAUGAAUCUUUUAUUUUGUUGAGAAAUCAUCAAAAAAUAUAUAUAAAAUAAAGUCUACAAAUGGUAGUUGUUGUUGUUGUUGUGGGUGUUCAUUAGCUUCUCAAGUAGUUGUUAUUGUUUUUCUUGUUCUUCUAUUAUUUAUCUAAACACAGGACUUGGCUUUUGGCUCUGUUUUUUGGGAAUUAAUGUUGGUUUCGUGCAUAUUAAAUUAAUGGGGGGCUGUGUAUCAACGCCACAGGGAUGUGUAGGGGGCAGAUUAAGCAGGUCUUCCAAAAAGAAAUUGAGGAAGAAGAAGAAGGGCAUCAAAAGAAGAGUUCUUUCCUCAAGAUUAUCUGAUGAUCAACCUGAUCAUUUUUCCACCUUUUCUAACCCAACUUUCCCAGUAGGAAGUAUAGAGGAGGCCUGGUUUGACUCGGUUGCAAUAUUCGAGUCAGAUUGUGAAGAAGAUUAUGAAAGUGUUCCUGAUAGUACGGUAUUUGGGCAAAGUGAUCAUAUGAGUAAGGCAGGGGAUCUUUCCACAGGAAACUCAGCUCGGAACUCUGUGAGUGAGGCUUCCCUUUCAAAAUACGAGGGACCUUUAAAUGAAGCAAAGCAACCUGUAUACCUUGAUGAAAUUGCAUCCUCGACAGAUGAAAUUUCUGGUAAGGAAGAAGGGUUGUUAGAAAAUUGUGGAAUUAGUCCGGGGAACUGUUUGCCUUGUCUUGCUUCGGCUGUUCCACAAGUUGAAAAGAGGAGAUCGUUAAGCUCUAGUCCACCAAAUUCGAGGAAGAAGGCUGCCCUAAAACUCUCUUUCAGAUGGAAAGAAGGGCAUGCAAAUAAUUCUCUCUUUUCAUCAAAGCCGAUUCUUCAGAGACCAAUAGCUGGUUCCCAAGUACCGUUUUGCCCAUUGGAAAAGAAAAUGCUUGAUUGUUGGUCACAUAUAGAACCGGGGAGUUUCAAAGUUCGGGGACCGCAAUAUUUCAAGGACAAGAAGAAGGAGUUGGCUUCUAAUUGUGCUGCAUAUUAUCCGUUUGGAGUUGAUGUAUUCUUAUCUCCAAAGAAAAUUAAUCAUAUUGCUCGGUUCGUUGAGCUCCCUGUAAUUAACUCUUCCGAAAAGCUCCCAACUAUUCUUGUUGUAAAUGUUCAGAUUCCAUUGUAUAAUGCUGGACUUUUCCAGAGCGAAAUUGAUGGAGAAGGAAUGAGUUUUGUAUUGUACUUUAAGCUUUCCGACAGUUAUUUAAAAGAGCUCCCGCCCCACUUUCUAGAAAGUAUUAGAAGGUUGAUUGACGAUGAAGUUGAAAAAGUGAAGGGAUUCGCUGUAGAUACUGUUGUACCCUUUAGAGAAAGGUUGAAGAUAUUGGGCCGCGUUGUAAAUGUAGAAGAUCUUCAUUUAAGUUCCGCAGAGAGGAAGCUUAUGCAGGCUUACAAUGAGAAACCUGUUCUGUCACGCCCUCAGCACGAAUUUUACUUGGGAGAAAAUUACUUGGAGAUCGACAUAGACAUGCAUAGAUUCAGUUACAUUUCUAGAAAAGGUUUUGAAGCAUUUCUGGACAGACUCAAAAUUUGUGUUUUGGAUGUUGGCCUCACUAUACAGGGGAAUAAAGCCGAAGAAUUACCAGAGCAGAUCUUAUGUUGUGUAAGGUUAAAUGGAAUUGAUUACAUGAAUUACCAUCAACUGGGGUUAAAUCAAGACCCUUUCGAGUCUCUAAGUUAAUCAUGUAAUACUUAUAUCUAUAUUUUAUAAAAGCUAAUUUUUUUGAAGAAUUUUUUUUGUAUUUUUUUUGUUAAAAUUUAGAGAAAAUUGUAUCAAUUAUAUGUCAUCUCAUAUAACCAAAUUAACAAAGAGCUAACACAAUCAUGUUAA